AUGGAGGAGGGUGCAAGUGCAAGUGCAACGGCGGCGGCCUACCUCCCCGACGACCUCGUCGUCGACAUCCUCGCGCGGCUGCCGGCCAAGUCGCUCUGCCGCUUCAAGUGCGUCUCCCGGCGCUGCCGCAGCCUCAUCUCCGACCCCGCCCACCGCGCCCGGCUCGCGCAGACCCUCUCCGGCUUCUUCUUCGUCUCCCGCGCCCCCGCCUGGCGCUUCGCCGUCCUGCAGUCGUCCGUUACUCCUCCCGGUGGAGACGGUGGCCCGCCCCCGGUGGACACCUCCCUCUCCUUCCUCCCCCCUAGCUGCGGGGAGAUCAAGAUGCUGGACUCGUGCAACGGGCUCCUCCUCCUGCGCUGCUCGAGCGAGCGCCCGCGCCGUCCCCCGCCGCCGUUCUUGUUGGAAAUCACGUACCUGAGCGACACAGUCUUCACGUUCCGCGCGCUUCGCUCGGCAUCGCCCUUCUACGUCGUCUGCAACCCCGCCACCAGGGAGUGGUGGCCUUGCCGCGACCGAGUCUCCUCGCAUUUCUACGUGUUCCAGAUGGUGGUGGUGGAUUACACCACGGAGUGUUACCUUGAGGCGGUGGAGAUCUACUCAUCCGAAACUGGAGCAUGGAUAAUGAGCGAAAUGGGACGGGGCGAUGCAUACUUCGGCGCCUUCAUGCAUCACAUGACCUACUUCAAUGGCUCCCUGCAUCUCACUAGGGACUCCGACGCAGUGGCAUCGGUGGGCGCCAAGGGUCGGUCAUGGAGGAUCACCCACGUGCUGCGCCGUGAGGAGGAUCAUAUCAUCACCAUGGGCGUGCAUACGUAG